CACUCUUAAGAACCCAGCUAAUCCACAAUACAUACAUUAGUUAACCUCACAAGAUUAGAACACCAUUCUUCCCUUAGUCGAACCCACAUCCACAUACUUGUCUUUCUCCGGCCAUGGCCACCGCCGCGGUCCUCAUCCUGCUCGCAGCGCUCCUGCCGGCGCUAGCCGCCGCAACCGAUAGCCGCUCGCCCGCCUCCGACCACGGCUUGGCCCUCACGCUCAAUCACACGUGCGGCAUCGUCUUGCCCGUGGCCGUGGGCACAUACAACAUGGGCACGUACGCUCCGGGCAGCGCGUACGAGGCCACCCUGCGCCAUCUUGCCGCCACCAUUCCCGGCAAGGCGGAUGCGGAAUCCGGCGGCUACUCUUCUUACCGGGAACACUGCAGCGACUCUGACUAUGGGGAGGAAUCCCACAGGUGCUUUUACGGCAACAUCGCCGGCGAGAGCCCCAACCGGAUUGCGGCCUACUCCGGCUGCUCCUGUCACCGGGACGUCAAGUCGCCGGACUGCGGCGCUUGCAUCGCGCUGGCCUUCCAGGAGGCGCAGAGGCUGUGCCCGUUCCAGAGGAUGGCGAAGGCCGUUGUUGACGGCGGCGCGUGCAAGUGCGAGGCCUACUUCCACGACUACGACAUCAUGGAGGAGUUCCAACACGGCGACCCCAAUAGUGAUCCUCGGUGGAACGCACCGGACCAGGUCAUGAGCGUUGUUGCAGAAGAUGAGGAGAACAACACUAGAAUGGGAUGGGCAUGCCGUAUCUUGGAGACAACAAUCAUGGAGGUCUUAGCAAACCUUGGGUGGAUGGCUAAUAGAAGAAUUUGUGCCUAGUUUUCUUUUCAUGCUCAUGAACAAUGUGUGUUCUAUUUGGGCCAUUUAUUGCUUCCUUUAAAUCAGUUGGAGGUUGGAACUAUGUAAUAACAGAAGCACUAGUGGAAGACGGGCCUUUGGCCUGAACCCUUUAGUCCCGGCCUCCAUCUGGGUCGGGACUAAAGGUCCGGCCACGACGUCCCAAAAUCGCAAUGCCGUCCACGAGGCUUUGGUC